AUGACUGGUAAGUCAUCUUCCAAUAAGGCUGAAAUUAGAGGCUACAUUAAAGCAUGUGUCAGACUAGGAAAAGACUCAAAGGAAAUUUUCAAAGAAUUAUGUGAUGUGUAUGGUAACAAGUUUCUCUGUGAACAUAUAACAUCCAAAUGUCAUGGUAACUACUACAUGAAUUCGAUGUGUGCCAACCGCACAGAGGUUAUUGCCAUCCAAAAACUACAGUAUGGUGCAAAAUCAUCUAGCGAAAACUGUCCCCUCCAGACAAAGCAGCAUAACAAUAAUACGUGUUGUUCAUAUGAAAAAGGCGACUGUUUAGAGGAUGUGACUGAUUAUACCAAUAAAUACUUAUAUUUUUCUCGCCUGUCUGGAUUAAAUAGUAUUUCUCAAAAUACAGCAACUCCUUGGACCAUUAUGAGAUGUGGAGGCACUUCCUCUAACUAUGUUCAGGUGGUGUUCAACUGUGUAAAAGAAUCAGAAAUCAAGAACUUCUGUAGCUAUCAGAAAAUGACCUCGACAAAUAAAGGCUUGUAUCUCCACAGGGAACGAUUCUUAAACAUUAGAAAUACCUGUGACUGUAUGAUCAAAUCACUGGAAAAUUCGACAAUCAACAUAUAUGCUGUUGAUGUGCGAUUGCAACCAAAGUACCCUAUUAAUCAAAAUCUAACCGGGGACUGUAUAAACGCAACGAAUAUGCUGAUAAUUAGCGACAACAACAAUGUGACGACCAUUGAAUGUCAAAUCGACACCAUCUAUGGCGAAUAUGCAAAACUUUAUUCUUCAACUGGAAAUUCUAUAAAUAUAUCAUAUUCUGAAGACGGGGAAGAACCUCAAAGUGUCUGGAUAUUCGUUGAUGUCAGCAAAGGGGAUUUUGAAAUUGAAUGCAAUCCACGACUCUUAACUACAACUCCAACAACACAAUCAACAACAACAGUGAAAUCCAAAAAUUCGCAUUCACAUGUGACGUCGUCUGGUAACCAAGGAAAUAGUUACAAAAAUCAAACUACAAAUUCGUCAGGACCAAAAACACCAUCUCCAGGUUCUAAAAAUUCUGAUUCUGACGUCAUCGAAACUGGACCCUCGGCGAGAGCAAGAGAGAGGGCCAUACAAAAUACGGCAAUUUACUGCGUCAUAGGGGUGGCCGCUAUAGCGGCCAUAUUGAUAAUCACGGCCGGGUUUCUCAUCCGUAGAGGUAGAAGAUCAGCAGAGCAACAAAGAAAAUAUAAAAAGGUACAGGAAUCAAGACUCAGUCAGUCUGAUUCCUCCAUUUUCAAACUGGAAAAAUUACCCAGGGAAACACCAACACAAUUUUCUGCAGGUUCAGAGGACCAGCUGUAUUGACGAACUCCUUAAUAUUAGAAGGAAAAUAUAUGACAUUGUACAGAUUCCUUAAUGCUAGAAGAGAAGGCUUUUUGUAACAUUUUAUGACAUUGUACAUUGAAUCCCUUUAUAUUAGAAGAGGGAACGCUUUCUGUACUAUAUGUCAUUACACAAUUUUAUCAUAAUAAGAGUAGAUAUGAAUUUGUAUUGAUAAAAUUGAUGUAAUGGAUAAGUUUGCAGAUAUUUUUUUUUACAUGCAUUUAAAAUUG